CUGGAGUAACUAUGAUGUAGCUUAGAAUGUGGUUACUAGAAUGACAGUCACCCUGGGGACAGCAAACAAAAAUGGCUCCAAGACAAGGCAGUGUCUCACACAGCCCACUUCCCAGCAUGACGGAUGAAGAAAUAGAGCUCCUCUCUGCCCUACUUUUAGCACCCAAUGACUUUACCGCAGCAGCAGCCACCCGUCAGGCAGCGAAGAUACGGCUGGCGAAACAAACACAUAUGACUGCACCAAAAAGCUACGAAGAGAAUUGGUGGAAAGUUCAACCACAGUAUUCACCUAGAGUUCUCAUUGGAAACUGGCUGGAAGAGAGAAAAAGGUUUAUAAAACCCUGUGGGAAACUUGGCCGCAGCAUCUACAGCACAGACUUCACUCCCUUCCCAGAUCACAAACCAGAUCGAACACUAAGAGCAACCAUGAUGAAGAAGUACGAGGGCCUGCCAGCACAGCACUUCUUCACACAUCACGAUGAACCGAGGCACCGAAAUUUUGUAUCAGAGUAUGAAGAUAACUACAACAGAUACGGUUAUGCUCCCUUUCUGCCUCCCCUUCGCACCUGGGACAAACACAGGAUUGCAUGGGUUCCUCAGAAACCAGACUUCCCCAUUCUUGAACCACCCUCCAACUACGGACUUCUUGAGCACCUGAAGAGUAGAUGGUACAGGAAAGAAACUGGAGUGAUGAACAGCACCUACACCGUCUCUUAUGUAAAGCCACCAACACCAAUCUCUGCUCCAAGCCAGUUCAGACGUACAUCUAAACCUCACGGCAUCUCAACCAGGAGGGGACACCUUCCCCGUGUUGGCAGAAUCCUGGACUAUGAAGGGGGUCAGAGAUAUCUGCAAGCCCUCGGCCAGCUAGCAAGAGCUGCCUCCAUGUAAACAGCUUAGUGUGAUCUUAAGAACUGCUUAAUACAGCUUGUUGCUGAUAGA